AUGUGCAACGAUUCAAUCAUCAAUAUAAAAUACGAUGAUGAAUACAAAGUUCGAAAUGACUUUUCAAUACUCUAUAAGAACAAGGUGCACGAUUAUACUGAGUAUCGAGUUCUGAAUGAUGCCAUAAAGAUUUGUAACUCCACUGAUAAAUACGUACGGAAUAUUUGGGAACUACGUAAUGACUGGGUAAAGGCGACAAUGCAUUUGAAAAGUUGCAAUAAACCCAUUCGUAGCUGUUGGUUGUACCGAGAGUAUUACACUGUAAAUAAGCAGUGCACGGUCUAUUUCGUAGCUACGAGUCAAUAUUUCACAAGAAAUGGCUAUGGGGUGGAAGACGGUAAACCUUAUAUAUGCCAAGAAAAGUUAAGACCCGCAUCAACCGAGUAUACCCAGGCAGAUCUAUUAAAGUGCGACGAUUCAAUCAUCAAUAUAAAAUACGAUGAUGAAUACAAAGUUCGGACUGACUUUUCAAUACUCUAUAAAAACAAGGUGUACAACUAUACUGAGUAUCGAGUUCUGAAUGAUAGCAUAAAGAUUUGUAACUCCACUGAUAAAUACGUACGGAAUAUUUGGGAACUACGUAAUGACUGGGGAAAGGCGACAAUGCAUAAAAAAACUUGCAAUAAACCCAUCAGAACCAGUUGGUUGUACCGAAAGUAUUACACUGUGAAUAAGCAGUUCACUGUCUAUUCCGGAGGUGAUGGUGGUUAUUUGACAAGAAAUGACUAUUGGGUGGAAGACGGAAAACUUACAAUAUGCGAAGAAAACUACAGACCCACAUCAUCAGAGUAUACCAAGGAAUAUCUAUUAAUGUGCAACGAUUCAAUCAUCAAUAUAAAAUACGAUGAUGAAUACAAAGUUCUGACUGACUUUUCAAUACCCUAUAAGAACAAGGUGUACAACUAUACUGAGUAUCGAGUUCUGAAUGAUAGCAUAAGGAUUUGUAACUCUACUGAUAACUACGUAGGGAAUAUUUGGAAAGUACGCAAUAAAUGGGCAAAGAAGACAAUACAUCUAAAAACUUGCAAUGAACCCAUUAGAACCUUUUGGCCUUACCAAGAGUAUUACACUGUGAAUAAGCAGUUCACUGUCUAUCUCGCAGCUACGAGUCAAUAUCUCACAAGAAAUGAAUAUGGGGUAGAAGACGCUCAACUUUAUAUAUGCGAUGAAAAGUUGAGAACCAUGUCAACAGAGUAUACCCAGGAAGAUAUAUUAAUGUGCAACGAUUCAAUCAUCAGUAUAAAAUACGAUGAUGAAUACAAAGUUCGGACUGACUUUUCAAUACUCUAUAAGAACAAGGUGUACAAUUAUACUGAGUAUCGAGUUCUGAAUGAUAGCAUAAAGAUUUGUAACUCCACUGGAAACUACGUAAGGAAUAUUUGGAAACUGCGUAAUUACUGGGUAAAGGCGAGAAUGCACGAAAAAAGUUGCAAUAAAACCAUCAUAUACAUUGAGUUCGACCGAUGGGAGUACACUGUGCUUAAGGAUUUUAGAGUUCGCAUUUUUGCAACAAAGCAGCUGAUAACAAAGUACGAUUAUGCUGUGUGUGAAGGUAAACUUGAAACAUGUGUGACCGAAUGCGGCAAAUUUACGUUUACUAUAAAGUAUGAAAAUGAAUACAGAGUAUGGAACAACUUCUCAAUGAUGUACCAAGGUCGAAUGUAUUCUUAUGAUGAGUACAGAAUAACGGAUGAUGGUCUACAAGUUUGUAAUUCUUCUGACCGUCUCAUUAAAGAAAAAUGGCGGAAUUUCAUUGUUUCGGAAAAGAUAACGAUAGCUUUCAAACAUUGUAAUGUAUCUGUGGAUGGUUUUUACUCCGAAAAUUACACAUUAGAUACAAACUUUACCAUUUUCUUCAAACCUACCAAUCACAAUUUUACAAGGCAAAAUUACGGAGUGAUUUUGGGGUAUUUUGCAAUUUGUUCAAGAAAGCUCAUAUUGUCCUGCAAUGAUGAUUUGAUCAAAGUAAAGUACGGUGACUAUAUCGCUCCAGCAGUGUUGUCGUCAAUUGAUCCUUUUCAAUUUGGUGGCAUCCCUCGAUCAUCUGCUACAAAAGCCUUAAUUUCUAUGGUUCAUGCGUGGACUCAAGCCACAGAUGGAACUGGAAACGCUGUAAGAGUGGUUCUUUUUGACUAUAAGAAAGCCUUCGACUUGAUUGAUCAUAAGAUCUUAGCCACGAAAAUCAUCCAAUUGCCAAUGCCAAAUUUCAUUAAGCGGUGGGUAAUUGACUUUCUGAUGAACAGGCAACAACGGGUGAAACUUGCAAGAGACUGUAUGUCUGAAUGGAUUGACAUUCCUUCCGGUGUCCCUCAAGGAACCAAAUUGGGACCUUGGUUAUUCAUCCUAAUGAUAAAUGACCUACGCCCACCACAUCAUGAGCGAUGGAAAUACAUCGAUGAUGCUACGGUAUCUGAAAUCAUUUACAUCAACACACCCAGUAAAAUUCAAGAUACAGUCGAUUGUGUUCAAAAUUGGUCUGUAGAAAACAAGAUGCAAUUAAAUGCCUCCAAGUGCAAGGAACUUGUUAUCAGUUUUACAAAACCUGAGAAAGAAUUUCCGCGCCUUAAGAUCAUCUCAGGCCAAAUCGAGACAGUGAAGCACGCAAGAAUCCUAGGUUUGACAAUUUCUAAAGAUCUAAAAUGGAACCAACACAUAACUAACAUAGUUAAGAAGGCGAACAAACGGAUUUAUUUUAUUAUUCAGUUGAAACGUGCUCAUGUACCUGAAGCUGACAUAAUAAAUUUUUACACUACCUGCGUCAGACCAGUCAUGGAAUUCAGCUGUCCAGUUUUCCACUUCGCCCUUCCUUCCUACUUAUCUAAUGCCCUGGAACGGGUUCAAAAGCGUGUUUUAUCAAUCAUCUAUCCACUGACAGGUUAUGCGGAUUGUUUACAAAAAUCGGGCAUCAAACCAUUAAGUGACAGGCGUGUGGAUGCAUGCGAGAAACUGUUUAAUGAAAUCACCACAACACCAGUAGCUAAUAUGCAUAAUCAUGUACCAUCUAGAUACUUUCCAAAUUACGACCUUAGACACUCAAGGUCUUUUGUUGUUCCUCAGACCAAAACGAACAGAUUUAGAAACAGUUUUUUCCCUUCAUCUGCAAGGCAUAUCAAUAAUAUUAACUGACAAUCGAUUCUGAUAUUCAGUUUUAGACUGGCUAACAUUUUUUUAGAAAUUUACUAGUUUCAUAGCUAAUUUGUAAUGUAACUUUAAACUUCUGUAAUAUAGAAUUAUAAAUUGUAAUGUAAUUUUAAACUUCUGUAAAUAUAGAAUAACUAAUUUAAUCAUUUCUCUUGUAAAAUUUAGCACGCAAUUCAGCCUCUUGGCUGCUAUGUGUUAAUCUUAUUAAACAAACAAUCUAUCUAUCUAUCUAUCUGAACAAUAGAACGUUGAUAAAAAAUUUUCGCUGGUUUACAACAAGAAGAUAUACGAUUAUCGCGAAUAUCGAUUAAGCCACGACAGUCUUGAAAUGUGUGGUUCCAAUGAUUCAAGAGUUCAGGCGAUUUGGAGAACGCGAAAUUCGUGGCAAAAGUCAUUACCCGCAUCCUGUUAUCGUUCUUAUAAAUUAAAUGCAAGAUACUACGCUGCGACAAAGCAGUUUGCUGUAUAUUCGGCAGAUAACGGUCAAUAUUUCAAAAGAAAUGACUAUGCGGUGAUAGACGGUAAACCUUAUGCAUGCGGCAAAGAAAAUUUAAUACCAAUUUAUGUAAUGGCAAACUUUAAGAUUAUUAUAGCACCAUUAUGUGCUUUAGCGCUUUCUAUUAUUUCUUUGCUAUUGUUGUUGAUAGUUUACUGCAUGCUUCCAGAACUGCGCACACUUCCUGGUUUGAAUUUAAUGAGUUUUAGCUUCGCCUUGCUGUUGUGGCAGACUUACCUUGUAGUAUUUUUGUCACUGUAUUCUCAUGUAGGUAAACUGUUUGAGAUACCGUGUGCUAGGCUGUUUGUAGCAAAUACGUUUAUGACGUAUAGCAUAAUUAUGAAUGCUGCUGUUAAUAUCUAUCACUUAAGAAAAACCUUUUGUGGCAAUACUCUAGUGAAAUCUGAUGAACUGAAGAAGUGGAACAGAUUUUUGAAGUGUAGUUUAUUUAGCUGGGGAGUUACCAUCAUUAUAACAAUUGUUUACAUUGUACUAGUAAAGGAAGAUGUUCUUGAAGAACGACGUUCAAUCGAGCUUAAGAUUUUAUCGACGCAUUGCGAAUGGAAAGACGAUGGCAAAUAA